AUGGUGGCGGAGAGGGUGGCGGAACGGGUGGCGGAACGGGUGGCGGAACGGUUGGCGGAACGGGACUCUCUGAACCCACUGGCGCGGAACCUGGUGUCUGGCGGGGGAGGGGGAACGGGAGUGGGAGGGGGAAUGGGAGCGGGAGGUGGAGUGGGCGGGGGAGGGGCGGAAAGUGGAACACUUGGCAGAGGAAUGGGGAUGGGGGCGGGGGAGAGGGGGAGGGGGAGAGAUUCGAGGCACGGGAGGGAGCGGAGCGAGGGGAAGAGGGCGGAGGAAGGGGAGGAGAAGGAGGAUAUGGAAGGGGAAAACGGUGGGGGAGAGGGGGAGGAAGGGGAAUGGGAGGGGGAGGAAGGGGAAGGGGAGGGGGAGGAAGGGGAGGGGGAGGGGGUUCAGGGGGGACUUCCUCUCACUUCUCUCCCUCCAUUUGGCUUCCCCGAAAUAUCUGGUGCAAGUGAGGAGGUAGCGGCAGCAGGAUUGGACCUUUUUGCUAGUGUGCUCGCACAGGUGCGUUCAGGUGAUAGGCCAGGUGGGUUCAGUGUGCUACUUGCACUUCCUCUCCCUCCAUGCAAGCCCUCUCUCACUGCCGCCACUCCCACCCGUGUCUUCUCUCCCGCCUCUCUCCCCCUCCUUCGGCAGGCCAUCGACAGCCCGGCAGUGGGCUAUUCGCACUUCCUCUCCCUCCCGCUCGCCUCGCACCGCCCGCUGGUGGCUCGCCUGCACGACUUCCGCUCCUCCGUGCUGCAAUCUGUGGGCUUUCCAUUGACACAGGGGCAGCUCACAGCGGCAGCUGAGGCUGCUGCUGCUGGUAGCACUGAUGAUGAUGCUGGAGGCGUGCACCCGUCCAUCUUCAUCAGCCCCACCACCUUCCACCUCACUGUUCAGAUGCUCAAGCUCUGGUCGCCCCAUCCCACUGGGGGAGUGCACCCGUCCAUCUUCAUCAGCCCCACCACCUUCCAUCUCACCGUGCAUAUGCUCAAGCUCUGGUCGCCGCUCCGCGUGCAAGCGGCUGCUAACGCCCUGCAGGCGGCCAUGCCGAGAGUGCAGGAAGUGUUGGGCGACUCUCCUCUGGUCAUUCGCCUUGUCGGCCUUAAGUGCAUGAAGGGGCAUCCAUCCAAGGCGCAUGUGCUGUAUGCUGACAUGCAGGAGGUCGAUGGGGGGAACCGGCUGCCUGCCCUCUGUGAGGUGCUGAGGGCGGCGUGCAGGGAGGCAGGGCUGGUCACACCUAGAGACUGCCGCCAGCCUCUCAAGCUACACGCCACCAUCAUGAACACGAGCCACAGGAAAGGGACAGCAGGAGGUGAGGUGAUGGCUGGUGUGUGCACACCAGGUGGCCAAUAUGGACCCCCAUCAUGA